GUUUAUUUUAGUUGUUCUUGUCAUUUUGUUUGGUAUUACAGUGGCUACUAUAAACCAAUUCAUGUUCAUGAUUCUUCUGGCUGUUAUAAGUGUUUUGGCUCUUGUCAGUCCUGCAACUAUAAAAAAAUUAAUGAAAAGUACCAGAAGUUUCUCUACUACUACUACUGGUACUUCACCAGCACAGCCUCAUCAAGACAGUACCACUGUUAAUCCUGAUAGUGAUGGAGCUGGACAACUAGGUAUCAACGAUCUCAAUAGGGUACAAACAGUUUUAAAUGAAGUUCUGUUUGGUCCAGUAAACUGGAAUAAAUUGGGUCUAAAGCUAGGUCUAUAUCAGCCAAGGCUCAAUAUCAUUGCAAAAAGUGGUGGUGACGCAGACGACCACUGGAGGAAGACUUUAGAAGCAUGGCUAGAGGGUAAAGAUAAUGCAACUAGUAGAACAUGGCAGACUUUGAUAGACGCUGUGAAGGAGACAGAUGGCCGUGCAGCUGCUGAAAGAAUACCUGAUAAACUGAAAUCUCUUUAUGGUAUUACCCUUCAAUAAUAGUAAUAAUAUUUUUGCAUUCUGUAUUGU